GUAUGAUUAAUCUCAAAAAUCGAAUUCGAAUUUUUUGAAAAACUCAAUUGGAUUUCGAAUAAAUCCCUGGAUGCAUUUGACAGUUUUGACCAUAAAAAAACUCGAAAAUUCAAAUUUCGCAAUUUCAAUUUGACCCUUGAUAAAUCUGCUUCCUAAAAACAAUUUUAAAAUUCUAAUUUACGAUUUGACUCUUUAUAAAUCCACCCUUAAAUGUGUCUAUAGUGAAACACAAUUGCGUUCCAAGAGGUGUAUUUCUUCCUUGUCUCCAAAGUCUAUUCUCCGUUCACAUCUCUCACAUAUUAACUAAAAACUGUAAGUAUGCUGUCGUGAGGAAACGUGGCCAAUUUUCUCCAGGCGCAAGUUUUCUUUGAACAUUCGCCAUUGCAUAUUCCCCUACACAAUUGUAGUGGUGAAAAUGAUUUAGUGAAUGUUAGCUCCAUUAAGUGGUGUAUUACUAUGGAGCCAAUAAUGCAAAAUUCAAUGCAAAUAUAAUUUAAUAAACCAAAUUUGUCGUAUUCUACUUUUUAGUAAAUUAGCAACGUGGCAAAUUUUUAUUUUUGGGUGAAAAUACUGCAAAGAGUGAUAGUUUCAGCUUAUAAACACCAUGAAAUCUGCUUGUAAAAUCAUUUAUCUACCCAUAGAAGUGAGCAGCCAGCCUGUAAGGAGCCUUUUUAAGACACUGUGCGGUCCCAGAGAGAAUAACUCCUUUGCUUGCAAACUGCUCGGAGGUGUCGCCGCUGAAAUUCUAUCCUCCUGCAGAAUGGAUCCUUCUGACGUGCACGGCAAACCUAUUCUUAUAAGUAGGAUCAAAGUCAGAGCUCAAAACAAAAAAAAGUGAGCGGUAAUUCCAAGUAGACACAAGCAGCCCUGCUCCCUGCUGCACAACAACUAAGCAAUUCCUCCAGGCAGUUUGUGGAUGUGAUAUUAAAAAAAAAAGAUGAGUGAAGAAAACAGAUCUGAUAUAUUGACUGUCUCAGAGCAGCAGCCAAAAGCAGAGGGAAAGAAACUGCAGUUUAACUUAAUACACGAUUACCCCCAGAAGAAUGCAGAGCUACUGAGCAGUCAGUAUGGCUUCAAUAUAUUCUUGGCUGGACUCCUGCUGAUGUUCGCUUGGGCGAUCCACGCCGUGGGAAUUACAGACAGAGACUUGUUGUCUUAUCUCAUUACCUUGAUGUUGAUUCAAAUGAUUUGGAUGUUGUGGUACAUCUUUCGAAGUCAGUCUUUUAGACGCUCCAACAUAGAGAAAGACACAGAUGCGGGUGCAAGGUGGCUCAGAUGUGGCAUCACACUGUUUGCUGUUAUCACCCUUAUACUGGAUUCUUUCAAAAUUGGAUAUUAUAUUGGGUAUUCAGAGUGUCUCUCCAUAACCGAAGGAAUCUUCCCUGUUACGCACACUGUACACACCCUUCUACAGGUUUACUUCUUGUGGUUUCAUGCAAAGGACAUCAUUCAGUCUUUUAAAACACUUGAACGGUUUGGUUUGAUCCAUGCUGUUUUUACAAACCUCCUUCUCUGGGCAAAUGGAAUUCUAACGGAAUCAAAGCAUGAGCUUAAUGAGCACAAGGAGAGGCUGAUCACCCUUGGAUUUUCCAACAUUACAAUGGACCACCAUACUCCAGAAUGCAACUGUACCUCAAGUGUAUGUUCCAUAUUUUCCCAAGGAAUAUACUACCUUUAUCCAUUUACAAUAGAGUACCAUAUUCUGGCCUCCACCAUGCUAUAUGUCUUAUGGAAGAAUAUCGGGCGUACAGUGAAACACCAUCAACAGCAGAAAAUCCAUUUUAAAUUCCAUGGCAUAACCAUUGGUACAGUUUUGGGUCUGAUUGUUCUAACCACUACUGUUGCAGUUCUGGUGGUAUACCUCAUCCAAAUUGGACGUUCAAAGAGCAAGAGUGAGCUAGCGCUUAAUAUGUUUUAUCUCUAUGCCAUUACAGUGUUAAUUCUUAUGUGUACAUCCGCUGUCAUUGGCCUCAUCAUAUACCGACUGGAAAAUAAGUCACUGGACGACAGUGAGAGUCCUGCUAAGAAACUGGACUCGGAUCUUUUAGUUGGAUCUGCGUGCGGCUCUUGGCUUAUAUCCUGGGGAUCCAUAUUAGCAAUCAUCUGUGCAGAGACCCACCCGGAAUACACAUGGUAUAAUUUGCCCUACUCGAUACUGGUCAUUAUAGAGAAAUACAUUCAAAAUUUGUUCAUAAUCGAAUGCAUAAAUCGCAAAGAAGAAGAACCAACAGAUGAGAGAUCUGAAAGAAUCUUCUCUGUGUCCACAAGAAGCAACCUCUCCCUUGCCUCCUCUUCGUAUGACGUUAUCAACGACUCUGUGACCAUCUGCAACAAAGAGUUUCCUUAUAUUUCCAAUUCAGAAGUACCCGUUGCUGAAGACUGUGCAGAGGAACAGAGGAGUCAAGACAAUAAUAAUUCCAUUAGACUAACGCCAUGUAAGGUUUCAAUUCACACCACCAGACCAGCAAAACUCAACAAAAAGAGAAGAGUCUUGAAAAACAUUGCAGCGUUUUUGUUCCUUUGCAAUAUUUCACUCUGGAUCCCGCCAGCAUUCGGAUGCCGGCCUCAGUACGACAAUGGAUUGGAGGAAAUCGUUUUUGGUUUUGAACCCUGGAUUACAGUCGUCAACCUUGCCAUGCCUUUCUCCAUCUUCUACCGCAUGCAUUCCGCAUCUUCCCUGUUUGAGGUUUAUUGCAAAGCCUAAUCCCAGCAUUACAUGAAGAGGGGAUAAAAGGAUUUUUGGACCUAAUUGAUGGUUACUUGUUAAUAAUAAUGCAGUGUAACAUUUACCUACAGACAUUGAAUGGGUUCUUGCUGCCUCUGUGCAGUCAUUUCUAGGCCUCGCAUGUUCUCAGUGAGGCUUUAUAUCACAUUGUAGGUUAUGUUUCUGAAGAGUCAUUAUAUUCCAGAUUCCUUGAAAGGACAUGUAAAGCCUACGUUUUCUUACCAUGUACAGGUAUGGGAUCCAUUAUCCGAAAACCUGUUAUCCA